UCGCCAUCACCACAAUCACUACAACCAGGAUCGAGUGAAUCACAGCGAGAAUAAACAUCCCGCACCAGGAUCCAUCAACAGCGACAACAUGUCUUUCAAUACCGGUUCCGACAGUCCAAGCCUGGACUGGAAGUUCAAGUGCAUGUCCGUCCUCGACGUCAAGCAGGCCACCGACAAGAUCAAGACGAAUGAAGCCAGCUACAAGUUGCAAACGGGGGAAAUCGGUGCCGUGUCGCGUAUCGACACCAACCAGGUCCCCAGCAACGACCCCAUCGAGGAUUACAUGGCCUCGGGCAAGAUCGACCUGGGCGAACACGGCGUGUGGCACGCUUGGGCAGUAUACGACGGACACGGAGGCCAACACACAGCCAUCGUCCUUGCCCACGCCCUCAUCCCCUACGUCGAACGGUCCCUGAAAGCGCACUUCUCCUCCUCCUCCCCCCCCGACUCCACCAUCGAAAACGCCCUCAUCUCCGCAUUCACCACCCUCGCCGACGAGAUCUCCGAAGACGGCCUCACGGCGCUCUACAGCGCCAAAAGCCACGCUGAAGUCCAGGCCCGCCUUGCAGCCAACUACGCCGGCUCCUGCGCGCUUCUAGCCCUCUACAACCCCAGCGAAUCCAUGCUCUACGUCGCCAACACCGGCGACUCGCGCGCCGUUCUCGGAACACCAGGGGAGUCAGGCUUCGAGACCGUCCCCCUCUCUCUCGACCACACCGCCGCCAGCGAGUCGGAGGUCGCACGCGUCAACGCCCUGCACCCCGACCAGGACAACCUGAUCACCAAGCGCGACGGCGACUGCGCACGCUACGCCGGCAUCGCCGUCACCCGUGCCUUUGGCGACGCGCGCUGGAACUGGCCCAAGGAGGCGAUGAUCAAAUGGGAAAAACAGUUCUCGGGCAAACCUGCCCCUGGUGUCGUCACCAACCCGCCCUAUCUGGUCGCGACGCCGGAGGUCAAGAGCCACAAACUUACGGGGGGAGAGUUCCUCGUUCUCGCGUCGGAUGGACUGUGGAAUCAUCUUUCCAGCGAGGGCGCCGUCGAGGCUGUCAGCAAGUGGAUUGGCGCCACGAAGGAAGGUACCCUCGCUGAGAUUGGUAGCGGCACGGCAGUCGCAUUUGGGGGUGGUAAGGUCUCUGCUGAUCACGCUGAGGGGAUUUCUUUCUGGGAGUACUGGAAAGUCAAGCCGGAGUGGUUUGUCUAUGAGGAUGAUAAUGCGGCGACGCAUCUCGUGAAGAAUGCUUUUGGGGGCCUGCAGAGACAGCUCUUUACAGGGGUGUUGACGGUUGAUACGCCUGUUAGUAAGACGAUGAGGGAUGAUGUUACGGUUCAGGUGGUGUUUUUUGAUGGUGCUUAGGUUGGGGUGUCUUGUUUCUGUUUUUGGUUUUUGAUUUGGGUUUGUGCGAGCCUGUUUCUCUGUUGGGGUUUGUAUCCUUGUUGGAUGUGGACUUACUUUCUUAUCCCUUGAUUUGUCGCUCUUUUUGAUCCUGGCAGGGGAUAUACAUUUUUCUGAUCUUGGCUCGUGGGGUGGUCUUUCUUCGUGGAUAGAUGGACGCCGAGAUGGUCGGUAUCCAUUGCCUGUCUACCAUGCUGUGGGGUUCGAAAGCCUUGCGCAGUUACCUACCUAUACUACCACACUCGAAUGAACAUAUACACAGUCCCGCCCUUGUGCAUUGCGAUGCAUGGGAUGGAUGAUCCAAUUUACC